AUGGCUGAAAAUAAACUGUUACUGAAAAGAUCAUCCGUUGAUGUACCGUACGGUUUUGUCAUACGACAUAUCACCUUUUAUCCACCUAAGAAUAGUCCAAUUGAAGGAAUGAAAUGUAUACAGAAGCCAGUUUAUACCUUAGCAAUCCUAACUGUGAAACCAGCAAGCAUAGCGGAUGAAGCAGGCCUUCGAGCUGGUUAUCGAAUUAUCGAAAUGAACGGACAAGCUGUUCAUCAUUUGACUUACAGUGAUGUUUGCAAAAUUACAAAAAGAUAA